AUGGGAAUGCUGGCAGUCCUAGUCUUGCUAGGCACUUUGUGUGCCACAAGUCACUCAGCCCCAACAUCCCAUAAGACACCUAUGAACAUCAUAUUCCCAGGAGACAUCCGCAGCAACCUAACUGACCUGGAGCAAGUAGAGAAAUAUCUAACACGAUAUGGGUACCUGCCAUUAGAAACUGGUGAAGAUAGACAUACCUCCAUAGAAAAGUCCCUGCGAAGGAUGCAGCGAAAGAUGGGGCUUAAGGAAACUGGUGAACUAGACUCAGAGACUAUGAAGACCAUAAAGACCCCUCGCUGUGGAGUGCCUGAUGUCGGAAAGUUCCAGACUUUUGAGGGAGACUUGAAGUGGGAUCACACUGAUAUUACAUACAAGAUCCUGAACUAUUCCCCUGAUCUUGACCCUGGGGUGACAGAUGAUGCCUUUGCUCGUGCUUUCAAAGUGUGGAGUGAUGUGACACCGCUCACCUUUUCACGAAUUUAUGACGGGGAACCCGACAUAAACAUUUUGUUCGGGUCUGACAAUCAUGGUGAUCCAUACCCUUUUGAUGGGAAGGAUGGACUUCUAGCUCAUGCAUACCCCCCAGGUGCUGGAGUGUAUGGAGAUGCCCAUUUUGAUGAUGAUGAAUUCUGGACCCUUGGGACUGGA